GAUUUCACAGACGCUAUAAUAUCACAGAUACAAAAAUGAGUCCUCUAUCUAUCUCUAUGUUCACAACAGCACGAAUAGUUGCACACCAGCUGUGUCGGCCUCUGAAAAAUGGUUGUUUCACAAAACAAAAUGCGCGAAUCGCAGGUUGUAAGCUCUCAGAGGAUCCAGUCAGUUAACACCAAUGCAGGGCGCAGCCUGGAGGGGUUCAAGGCCCAUGCAGUCUUCCAGGAGAUCAACAAGAAGCUGGAGGAGGAUGGGGAGUCAUUUGUGAAGAAGAUUGGAGGGGUGUUUUCCUUUAAGGUGAAGGAUGGUCCGGAUGGUCAGGAAGCGACCUGGAUAGUGGACGUGAAGAAUGGCAAGGGUUGCGUUCACAAUGACACAGCAAAGAAAGCAGACUGCACCAUUUCCAUGUCAGAUGCAGACCUGCUGGCCUUGAUGACGGGGAAAAUGAACCCACAGACACCUAGCCAGCAGUGGAACAGUAGUCUGUUAGGUCCAAAAUACACGGACUAG